CAGGGCCGGUCACGAGCCGGGCUAUCUUUAGCUGAAGGGAUUUAGGUUACAAGUGAGCGGCCGCUGGGGCGCAGGGCAGACACCCGAGGGUGGGCACGGCAAGAAGGGGCUGCCCCAGAGCUGGGCAGGAUGAGCCCGGAGGAUGAAGGUGCUCGGGUAGGGCGCUCAGGAAGGGUGAGGAUCCGCGUGGAGGAGCAGUGCUUCUCGGUGGAGAAGGCAUUGCUGGUGGAGAGCAGCGAGUAUUUCCGUGCCCUGUUCCGCUCGGGUAUGAGGGAGAGCACGCAGGAGGAGAUCGGGCUGGGUGGGCUGAGCGCUGCCGGCUUCCUGGCCAUGCUGCGUGUGCUGGCAGGUGAGCGACCCGCGCUGGGCGGCGAGGAGACCUUCCAGGCGGUGGAGUGUGCAGCCUUCCUGCAGGUGAAGCCCUUGGCCAAGUACCUCAUCCACUCCAUUGACUCCGACAACUGCCUCCUGCUGUACCACGCCGCCGCCGUGUUCGGCCUCCUGGACCUCUUCCAUUGCGCCGCGCUCUACAUCCGCGACAGCUACGCCGAGCUGGAGGAGCACCUGGGCUGCCUGCCCGCCGACCUGCUGGGCUACGUGCAGGCCCUGCUGCCCAGCACCUUCGUGGCGGUGGGAGCCCACACGCCCACCUUCGAGUUCCUGGAGGACCUGUCCAGGACCAUCUGCUACCUGGAUGAGGAGAGCAACGCGUGGAGGACGCUCUCCUGCCUGCCGCUGAGCGCCAGCACGUUCCUAGCCGGCAUGGCGACCAUGGACAACAAGAUUUACAUUGUGGGUGGUGUCUACGGGGCCAGCAAGCAGGUGGUGGAGAGCAGCUUCUGCUACGAUGCUGACAACGAUGCCUGGAGUGAGUUCCCCAGCCCGCACCAGCUGUGCUACGACGUCCGGCUGGUGGGCCAUGAGGGCUGCCUUUAUGCUAUCGGCGGGGAGUACGAGAAGAUCUCGCUCAAGUCUGUGGAGAGGUACGACGUGGCCUCCAACACUUGGACAUUUGUCUCUGAUCUGCCGCAGCCCAGCUCGGCCGCACCCUGCGCCCAGGCCAUGGGGCAGAUCUUCGUCUGCUUGUGGAAGCCAUUGGACACCACCAUCAUCUACGCGUAUGAGAGCCGGCAGGACGCGUGGGUUCCCGUCACCGAGCUCAAGAGGCACCAGAGCUACGGGCACUGCAUGGUGGCACACCGCGACAACCUCUACGUCAUGCGCAACGGCCCCGGAGACGACUUCUUGCGUUGUGUCAUCGACUGCUUCAACCUGAGGUCACGGCAGUGGACGGCUCUGCCCGGGCAGUUCAUGAACAGCAAAGGAGCUCUCUUCACUGCCACCAUCAAGGGUGACACGGUGUACACUGUCAACAAGAUGCUGACGCAGCUCUACUCGGUGGAGGAGGAGGCCUGGAGGGUCAAGAAGGAGCGGGCAGGUUUCCCACGCAGCGGCUCCCUGCAGACUUUCCUGCUGCGGCUGCCCCGGCGCAAUCACGCCAUCGCCACGUAGCUGUGCCCAUCCCACCUCGGGCUGCUCUCCUUGCACGUGGCCUCAGCUCCCCUGGGCUCCUCGCCUCUCCUCCUCUUGCCAAGGAGACUCCAGGUUGGACCCAGAGGUGACACGGCACCCUGCCAUAAGGGAAGGGGCGGCAGGAGCUGCUGUCACAGCACCACAACGUGAGCCCACGGCACACAGGGCUUUGUGGCUUCUGCAGAGAACAGGCUUUGGAGAGAUGCAGACGUAUUUAUUUGGACUGCACUCUGAAGGCAUGCAGCAUAAAACCUGCUCUCUGCUCUGAUGGUAAUUUAUAUCCUGGAAUUAAAAGGAAAGCUGUAGAAAGCCCUGUGUUUUUCAUUACUCUUCUCUUGUGUUCUUUUCUCCUCCUGAAUGAAAAUAUCUCCCUAAUGGAGGACCCACAUCAAGACCUGUUCCUGCCUGCUGAGUGUUUUCAGCUGCAGCAGUGCUCAGAGCUGCUCAUGCAGUUCCCAGGCAGUCCCGAGCUCCCCAGGGAGGAACUGCUUGGGAUGAGGGGGCAAAGGGACACAGGAGGGGGUGGAGGGCAGAGAACACGUGGAGUUUCUCUCCAAAAACCCACACAGGAGAAAGCUGUGGUCCAGAGUGAGCAGGUGCCUCCCUGGGAACCAUCCAUCAUGCCCAUGAGUGCAAUAGCCAGCCGCCAUCUCCUCCAACCUUGCCUGCCAGCUCCCAACAGACCCAAAUGCUCUCAUUUGAGCCAGAGGGUAUUUUUAGGACAUGGCAAAGUUGCAAAAAUAAAAGGAGAGGAGAGAGCAUCAGCAGGGCUGCACUCAGACUGUGCAGAUGCCAGGCUGCCAGGUCACCUUGGGCAACGGAGCUCUUUAGCCAGAUGAGCUGUCCUGCUGGGACUCAGCCCCAUGAUGCUGAAGGUUGUCCUCAGCACCAGCACCAGGCUCUGCCCAGGGGGUGAUUGGAGAAUGGCUGCUUUCAUCCCCCUGGUGAAAUCACACAGUCAUUACUGUUGGAAAAGACCCCUACAAUCAUCAAGUCCAACCAUCAGCCCAUCCCCACCAUGCCCACUGUGUCCCUAAAUGCUUCAUGCUGCUUGUCCCUCAAGGCAGAUGGGGACGAGGAGCCAACCCGGCAGCCAUGCACCCAUCAGACCCCAAAUAAUGCCCGGCUGGGCUCCCAUGCACCAGGCUCGCUGUGCUCCUCAUAUGAGGAGGGAAGGGAAUACCAGCUGGAUGCCUGAAAUACUUACACUGCUGACCCUCGCCAAGUUCUCAGCAUUUUCAAAACAGUGCAUUAGAGAAGGAAAAAAAAAAA